AUGGUGGGACCAAAGAGGCCACUGUUUGUGUUGUUUGGAUCGUCCAUAGUUCAGCUCAGUUUCAGCAAUGGCGGAUGGGGUGCCAUACUUUCCGAUAUCUACGCUCGUAAAGCUGAUGUAAUCUCACGAGGCUACUAUGGUUGGAAUUCACGACGAGCCAUCCAGGUCCUCGAUCAAGUUUUUCCGAAGGAUGCUGCUAUUCAGCCGUCACUGGUGAUAGUAUAUUUUGGCGGUAAUGAUUCUAUGGGACCUCACUCAUCUGGACUUGGUCCUCACGUUCCACUUCCAGAGUAUAUUGAAAACAUGAAAAAAAUAGCAAUCCAUCUCAAGAGCCUUUCGGAUACAAUUCGCAUAAUCUUUCUGAGUUGUCCACCCGUCAAUGAGGCUAAACUUCUUGAAACCAGAAGUUCAUACCUCAGCGAGCUAGUUCGAACAAAUGAAUUAUGCCGGAAUUAUUCAGAAGCUUGUAUAGAGUUGUGCGAGGAGAUGCAUAUAAAGGUUGUCGAUCUGUGGACUGCGAUUCAGAAACGAGAAGAUUGGUUGACUGCGUGCUUUUCCGAUGGAGUUCACUUGUCUGCCGAGGGAAGUAAGAUAGUCGUGGAAGAAAUACUCAAGGUGCUGAAGGAAGCUGAAUGGGAACCAUCAUUCCAUUGGAAAUCCAUGCCCACGGAAUUUGCAGAGGAUUCUCCAUAUGAUCUAGUUGCUUCUGAUGGAAAAACCACCUUAAAUCCAUCUGAAUGGACCUUUCAUAGAGAAAUUCAAUGGGACUGA